CACAGCUCGGCACGAUGGAGAUCUGGAGCAGCCCCGCCGCUUACGACGAGCUGAACGGGAACGCGGAGCGGGGCGGCGGCGCCGACCCCAUCGCCCGGGAGCUGGAGGAAGUCCUGUGCGCUGAGCGGGUGGUCAGGAUCACGAAGACAUACCACGACAUCGAUGCCGUCACCAGCCUGCUGGAUGAGAAGGAGCGGGACCUGGAGCUGGCAGCGCGCAUUGGGCAGUCCCUGCUGAAGCAGAACCGGAGCCUGACCGAGCGCAAUGAGCUCCUGGAGGAGCAGCUGGAGUUGGCCAAAGAGGAGAUCGCGCAGCUGCGCCACGAGGUCUCCAUGCGGGACGACCUGCUCCACUUCUACACCACCACGACGGAGGAGAGCGAGCCCACCUCUGCCACCUCCACGCCGCUGCGCCGGCACGAGUCCUCGCUGUCCCUGCAGCAGUACUUCCAGUACGACACCUUGCAGCAGAAACUCAAGUGUCUGGAGGAGGAGAACCAGAAGCUUCGCUUGGAGGCCACCAACAUCGCAACCGAGACCUGUCAGUACGAGGACCAGGAGCAGCAGCUGAUGAUUGACUGCGUGGAGCAGUUCUCUGAAGCAAGCCAGCAGGUCGUUUACCUCUCCGACGAGCUGGCCCGCAAGGCGGAAGACACGGCACGGCAGCAGGAGGAGAUCAGCCAGCUCCUGGCACAGGUCGUGGACCUGCAGCAGAAGUGCCGCACGUACGGCUCAGAGGUGGAGGAGCUCCAGCAGCACCUGGCUGUGGCGAAGGAGGUGCAGCAGCAGCUCCGGACGGAGCUGCGGGACCUGCAGGAGAAGUACGCCGAGUGCGGUGGGAUGCUGCAGGAAGCCCAGGAGGAGGUCAAGAGCCUGCGCAGCCGCAGCCUGCCCAACAGCACCGUCAGCCGCUACAGCGCGCCCAGCCUCCUGCCCGUGGACUCGCUGGCAGCUGAGAUCAAGGGGACGAUGAGGAAGGGAACAGACAGCUCCUCCUCAGACUACAAGAGCUACCUGCGCGUCUUUGAGACGGUGAAAGCGGUGAACCAGGCGGUCAAAGCCAAGUCUUGCUCCGAGUCUCCCCACCACGUGCCGGGCUCCAAGCAGUUGUCAGCCGCCCCCUCCGGGGGAGCCAGCACCCCCCGCUGCUCCGGCUCGGAGGGCACCCAGGACGAGGGGUCCGGAGAGGAGCCCCGGGCGGCCCCGGGCCGGCAGGCCCUGGAGGCAGCGGUGCAGCGGCUGUCGGCGCAGCAGCAGAGCCAUGCCUCGGAGGAGCGCUCCUUCUUCGAGACGGACCGGGAGCACAAGCUGUGGCGGCUGAGGGACGGGGAGAGCUCCAGCGGCUUCCUCACCCCCAACGAGAGCAUCGUUUCCACCGGGACCAACUACUCAGGGGGCUCAGAGCUCACCGCUGGCUCCGGCUUCUCCCUCAGCUCCCUCACCUACCUGCCCGACAAACUGCAGAUCGUGAAGCCCCUGGAAGGCUCCGUGACGCUCCACCACUGGCAGCAGCUGGCACGGCCCAACCUGGGUGGGAUCCUGGUGCCCCGUCCUGGGGUGCUCACCAAAGACUUCAGGCAGCUGGACAUUGACCUGGAGGAGGUCUACAACCUCAAUGAUCUGGAGGAGGACGAUGUGGACGCCAGCUCCUUCCAGCUGCUCCCUACCUCAACGCCCACCAAAGCCAAGGAGUGCUCAGGGGUGUUCCUCUCUGUUAACAACCUCCCCCAGACCCCGUCUACCUUCACCAUCACCACCUGCCACAUCCUCCACCCCACCACUGAGAUCACCACGGUGACACCCAGUCGGUAUAACGCCGUCGUGCCUUCUUGUGGGCCCCUUGAGGGGCUGAGCCUCGGCAGCCCCUCGCCGGAACCGUCUUCCUCUGUGCUGGCACCUGGCCCCAGACCCCCGAGCACCCCCGUGGGACUCGUCCAGCUCUUGCUGGUACAGGGCAUCUCUGCCUCGGUGCCAGGGACUGGCUUGUGCUGGGCCCCCCCGUUCCCCUCCCAGGACCCCCGGCAUGCUGACACCCAGCCCUUGCCUGCGGGCAGGGGGCAGGACAGACCCCCACCCCAGAGCAGCAUCUUCAGCUUGAACUUGGUGGAGAAGCUGCGGCGCCUGGGGCUGGACAAGGUGGUGGCCAGAGGGGAGAUGUCCUACGCCCGGGGAGAGCGGAGGGGAGCCCGGGGUGCACCAACGUGACGGCGCUGCGGAGCCCGUGAGCUCAGGACAAGACUCAUCCUCUGUCCUCUUCAUUGCUUGUCCAUGGGGAAAUGGCAACGGGAGGGGCUUUCAGCCUCAGUGCCUGGUGACGUCUUGGCAGCGCUCCUGGCCCCAGCUCGCUGGAGCUCUGCCCUGGCCAGGACACAACCCCGUGGUGCCGCGUAGCCGCAGCCCGAUGCUCCCCCGACCCUGCGUUACUCUGCAGAUGGGAUCAUGUGGGGCGAUGCUCGUGGCUCUGGGGGGACCCAGCUCUGAGCAGGGGCUGCGGACUGACCCUGUCCCCACUCUGGGGGUACGGCCCCUUCACAGGAGCCGGUUGCUGGCAAUAAAAACUGUUCCUGCUUCUGCUGAGCCUGUCUGAGGAGCAAGGGGCAGCUCAGCCUUUCGGGGCUGUCCGGGCUGCUGCAGCAAAGGGCAAAGCUCAGCCUGGGCUUGGGGGGUCCUGGGGGGGGUCCCACAUGUGCCGGGGUGAGACCUCCCACCCCAGGCUGGGCCCCUGGCCAGCACCUGGGCUGACUUAAAAAGCAAAUGGUGGUUUUUAAACUCUUUCCUGCCUACUGAAUAGCAGUAGCAGCAGCACCCCCAGCUCGGGGGAUGCCUGCAGCGAGUGUUUCUCAGGGUGUAGCUGUUGCUUCCCCCCCCAGCUGUGUCCCUUGCCCCAGGCUGUCCCCUGUCGAAUAAACGUGAA